AUGGAAACACCACAGCAGACGAGUGGGUUGGAGACACGGCCAUGGACCAAAGAAGAAGACCAGAAGCUCUUUGAAUGUAAAAGCAAAAAUCGCCAUCUAUCUUGGCCAGAAAUCGCAAUGCUGACAGAGCUAGAGAGGAGUCGGAAAUCCAUGAUGGCAAGACCAGAGGAGCAGAGACCGCGAUGGACCGAAGAAGAAGACCGGAUGCUCUUUGAAUGUAAAGGCAGAAAUUCGGAUCUACCUUGGCCAGCUAUCGCAGAGCUGGCAGGGCUGAGCAGGAGUGGUAAGAGUUGUAGGGAGAGGUGGAAAAACCACCUGGAUCCUAAGGUCAAGAGAGGGAACUUCUCCCAAGAGGAAGACGAAACCAUCAUCCGCCUCCAUUCAAGUCAUGAGAAUAGCUGGGCAUUUAUAGCAACUCAUCUUCCAGGGCGAACCGAUAAUGCUGUCAAGAACCGCUGGAACAACCAUUUGAAGAAUAAGCUAAUUGGGAGAAGUACUGAUCAUCAGAAUAUUCCUGACCCACAAAGUAGCACUGGGGAUCAGCUACAUGCCACACAACUCUUUCAUCUCAACCACAAUAUUAAUCCACACGCAAGCUCAAGCUCCAUUCCUUCACCGGUCUCAGCCUCACAAGAAAUCGUCAACCCUUGGUCCACUUCUGAAUUAGCCUACCCAGAAUUUCCAGGGGGAUAUCUUCAGAGUGAUGAUGAGACUAUCCAUCACGCUUUUGGGGGAGAUUACUUUGCGUUUGAGCCCACACAACUCUUUCAUCUCAACUACAAUAUUGAUCCAAACCCAAGCUCAAGCUCAAUUCCUACACCGGUUUCAGCGUCACAAGAAAUCGCCAACCCUUGGUCCAAUUUUGAAUUAGCCUACCCAGAAUUUCCAGGGGGAUAUCUUCCGAUUGAUCGUGAAACUAUCCAUGACUCUCUCGGGGGAAAUUACUUUGAGUUCCAGCCCACACAACUCUUUCAUCUCAACCACAAUAUUGAUCCAAACGCAAGCUCAAGCUCAAUUCCUACACCAGUUUCAGCGUCACAAGAUAUCUCCAGUCCUUGGUCCAUUUCUGAAUUUGCCUACACAGAAUUUUCAGGGGGAUAUCUUCCGAGUGAUGAUUUCAGGGGAGAUUACUCUGAGUUUGAGCCCACACAACUCUUUCAUCUCAACCACAAUAUUGAUCCAAAAGCAAGCUCAAGCUCGAUUCCUACACUGGUUUCAGCCUCACAAGAAGUCGUCAACCCUUGGUCCACUUUUGAAUUAGCCUACCCAGAAUUUCCAGGGGGAUAUCUUUAG